GUCUUUCACGCUGGUUCGAAAUGUCAUUUCCUGCUCGCCGUACAGGAACUGCGUCUUCAGUGUUUUCUUACAGCGCCAAACGUGGGGUAUAUUUUUCAUGUAUUUUGGGGAAAUAAAGUUGUCCAAAAACAGCAUUUAACAGGCAACAGUAAUAACACAUAACACAAUAAAAUGGAGACAGAACACCGGACUAAAAAGAGAUCCUAUGGGGAGGAGGAGAAGUCCGGAUCAGAUCAUCCAUCUGAAGAGGAUGACUAUGUCCCAUACGUACCUGUCAAAAUCAGAAAGCAUCAAAUGCAACAGAAGAUGCUGCGUCUGCGAGGGAAGGUGGUAGAGGAGGAGCAGAAGGAUAGUGGAGGAGAGCAGAGAGAUGAGGACGAGGGUCUGGGACCACGCUCUAACGUCUCCCUGCUGGAUCAACACCAGGUUCUCAAGGAAAAGGCCGAAGCUCGUAAAGAGUCAGCCAAGGAGAAGCAGCUGAAAGAAGAACAGAAGAUUCUGCAGAGUGUGGCAGAGGGAAGAGCUCUCAUGUCGGUGAAGGAAAUGGCCAAAGGUAUCAUCUAUGACGAUCCCAUCAAAACAAGUUGGUUGGCUCCACGGUACAUCCUGAACAUGCCCCCAGCGAGACACGACCGCGUCAGGAAGAAGUACCACAUCCUGGUUGACGGUGACGGUAUCCCUCCGCCGAUCAAGAGCUUCAGGGAGAUGAAGUUCCCACAGGCCAUCUUGAAAGGUCUGAAAAAGAAGGGGAUUGUUCACCCUACACCCAUUCAAAUCCAGGGAAUUCCAACCAUUCUCUCAGGCCGGGAUAUGAUCGGUAUCGCCUUCACAGGUUCAGGGAAGACUCUGGUGUUCACCCUCCCCAUCAUCAUGUUCUCUCUGGAGCAAGAGAAGAAACUGCCCUUCUGUAAGAGUGAAGGGCCCUACGGUCUCAUCAUCUGUCCCUCAAGAGAGUUGGCUAAACAGACCCACACCAUCAUAGAAUACUACUGUAAGCUGCUGGAGGAAGAAGGGGCUCCACAUAUGAGAUCAGUCCUCUGUAUAGGAGGCAUGUCUGUCAAAGACCAGAUGGAGGUGGUCAAACAUGGUGUCCACAUGAUGGUGGCGACCCCCGGCCGUCUGAUGGACCUACUGCAGAAGAAGAUGAUCAGUCUGGAUAUCUGUCGUUAUCUGGCUCUAGACGAGGCUGACCGAAUGAUAGACAUGGGCUUCGAAGAAGACAUCAGAACUAUCUUCUCCUACUUUAAGGGCCAGAGACAAACUCUUCUGUUUAGUGCGACCAUGCCCAAGAAGAUCCAGAACUUUGCCAAGAGUGCCCUGGUCAAACCCAUCACCAUCAACGUGGGCCGGGCCGGCGCUGCCAGCCUGGACGUCAUUCAGGAAGUGGAGUAUGUGAAGGAAGAGGCUAAGAUGGUUUACCUGCUGGAGUGUCUACAGAAGACCCCUCCUCCGGUGUUGAUGUUUGCUGAGAAGAAAGCAGACGUGGACGCCAUUCAUGAAUAUCUCCUGCUGAAAGGAGUGGAGGCUGUGGCUAUCCACGGAGGAAAAGACCAGGAGGAGCGUACCAAGGCCAUCGAGGCCUUUAAGGAAGGGAAGAAGGAUGUGUUGGUGGCUACUGAUGUCGCGUCUAAAGGUCUGGACUUCCCUGCUAUACAGCACGUGGUCAACUAUGAUAUGCCAGAGGAGAUAGAGAACUAUGUCCACAGGAUUGGUCGAACCGGUCGAUCAGGGAAGACUGGGAUCGCCACCACUUUCAUCAACAAAGGCUGUGAUGAGUCGGUGCUGAUGGAUCUGAAGGCCCUGCUGAUAGAAGCCACAAAGGUUCCCCCUGUUCUACAGGUCCUACAGACAGGAGACGAGACCAUGCUGGAUAUCGGAGGAGAGAGAGGCUGUACAUUCUGCGGUGGUCUUGGUCAUCGUAUCACAGACUGUCCCAAACUGGAAGCCAUGCAGACCAAACAGGUCACCAAUAUCGGACGGAAAGACUACCUGGCACACAGCUCCAUGGACUUCUGAAUGUACAACACUGAAUACUGUCACCUACUUAAUGCUGUGCCUGGUUUGUUUUGCCAGGUACAAUGGGGACCAAUUGGGAUUGUCCCGAAGUGCAUGUCAAAUAUUAUUAGACGUAACAUUUUGACCCAGCAGGUU